UCAUUUCAGCUCUGACACCAAGGCAAGAGGCUAGGAAGUCUACAAACCCCGUCUGGGUAGCCGGUGUGAGUACAGAGGGUACUGGGGGGCUUAGCCCCCAAGGAAGACGACCAGUCCUCCCCCAGCACCACCAUCAAGACCACAGGGGCUCCCUCUCUCCUCCGCAGGCUGUGAGCUGACUUAGGGAAUCCCGAACGAUGACAGAAAAGGAGGUGCUGGAGUCCUCCUCUUUUCCAUCAGAGACUCGGAAGGGUGGGCUACAGCGGCUGAAACAGUUGUUCAGGAAGCAGUCUACAGGGACAAAGGAGAUGGAGCUUCCCCCAGAGCCCCAGGCCAACGGGGAGGCGGUGGGAGCUGGAGGUGGGCCCAUCUACUACAUCUAUGAGGAAGAGGAGGAGGAGGAGGAGGAGGAGGAGGAGCCGCCCCCAGAGCCUCCUAAGCUUGUUAAUGACAGACCUCACAAAUUCAGAGAUCAUUUCUUCAAGAAGCCCAAGUUCUGUGAUGUCUGUGCCCGGAUGAUUGUGCUCAACAACAAAUUUGGGCUUCGCUGUAAGAACUGCAAAACCAACAUCCACGAGCACUGUCAGCCCUACGUGGAGAUGCAGAGAUGCUUCGGCAAGAUCCCCCCCGGUUUCCAUCGGGCCUAUAGCUCUCCACUCUACAGCAACCAGCAGUACGCUUGUGUCAAAGACCUCUCUUCUGCCAAUCGCAAUGACCCUGUGUUUGAAACUCUUCGCACUGGGGUGAUCAUGGCAAACAAAGAACGGAAAAAGGGACAGGCAGAUAAGAAAAAUCCCCUAGCGGCCAUGAUGGAAGAGGAGCCAGAGUCUGCCAGACCAGAGGAAGGCAAACCCCAGGAUGGAAACCCUGAGGGGGAUAAGAAAGCGGAAAAGAAGACGCCUGAUGACAAACACAAGCAGCCUGGCUUCCAGCAGUCUCAUUACUUUGUGGCCCUCUAUCGAUUCAAAGCCCUGGAGAAGGACGAUCUGGAUUUCCCGCCUGGAGAGAAGAUCACAGUCAUUGAUGACUCCAAUGAGGAGUGGUGGCGGGGGAAGAUAGGGGAGAAGGUUGGAUUUUUCCCUCCAAACUUCAUCAUUCGGGUCCGGGCUGGAGAGCGUGUGCACCGCGUAACGAGAUCCUUCGUGGGGAACCGCGAGAUAGGGCAGAUCACACUCAAGAAGGACCAGAUUGUGGUGCAGAAAGGCGAUGAAGCCGGCGGCUACGUCAAGGUCUACACCGGCCGCAAGGUGGGGCUGUUCCCCACCGACUUUCUGGAGGAGAUUUAGGCGUGCUGACGCCUGCCAGUGGGAGAUACCCAAACCCCAUUCUGGGCAGGCCCAGUGGAGGUUGGGGAGAAAAGGGGCGAAAGCAACUACAAGGCUGGGUUGGGGAGGGCUGGGAAGGCCACCGAAACGUGACGGGGCUUCCAGGAAGGGACUGGUUCCCGUCCCCCUCCCCUGCCGAGGGCGUCGGAUUCUUGGUGCCUGGAGCAGCCUCACUCGCAACCCUCAGGCCCAGCCUUUUUUUUCCAAAUCGGGAGGGGGUGGGGGCAGAAAGAAUGCGUCUCUACUAGGGAGACGGGUGGGGGGUUGAGACGCACCAUCGAAUAUUGCGAAUUUAUUAAAGUUUUGACAAAAGUUAA